AUGGGAAUUAAAUAUUUUCGAUAUAUGCAAAUAUGGUCUUUGAUAUAUACUGUUUGGAAUAUAAUCCAGUUUAAUAAUGUAAACAUAAUUCAAUAUAAUGAUGUAAAUAUAAUUCAGUAUAAUGAUGUAAAUAUAAUUCAUAAUAGUUCGGGAGACAUUAUUGAAGUUAGCAAACAGAAUAAGAUAGAAUGGGGAAAGAGUAAUAUAAAAAUAAGAAUAUUAUAUCAAGAAAAUAAUAAAGAAUUAGAAGUAAAUAAAGAUAUAAAGACAAGUUUAUAUGAUAUAUUUUCAAGCAUUGACAAUGAUGAUAUUAAUAAUGGAACUGUUAUAAAAAUUUAUAAAAAUGGAAAGAAAAAGAAAUUAAAAAAGUCUCAAAAAAUAAAUAGAUUAAUUAUAAGUUUUAAAAAUGAAAAUAAGACGUUAAAACAUCCAGAUGUUAUGAAUAAAAGAUUUAUUAAGUUGCUUAAUUAUUGUGGCAAAAUUAAAAAGUUAGAAAAUAUAAAUUUAUAUCUUUAUGAUGUAACUCCAAAUAAGAAUGUAUUAUUAAUAAAGUUUUGUUUAUAUGCUUUAAAACAUAAUGACCAAGUUAAUGUUGAGGCUGAUUAUAAACUUAAUCCAUCAGAUUAUAAAAAGCUUUUAAAGAAAUCCCAAAAAAAAAAUAACAACUCUUUACAUUUGAAUGAAAAAAAUAAAACCUUUCAAGUAAAUAAUUCAUCUAUGUUUAAAAAACCUUAUAAAAAUUUAAAAAAAUGUAAUAAAAUAAAUAUUGUCGAAGAAUAUAAUGAUAUAAGUGAAAUUGUUAAAGGAGUGAAGUUGUCUAAUUUAUAUGAAAAAAAAAAUGUCAAUGUUUGUAUCAUAGAUACAGGAAUAGAUUAUGACCACACUAAUUUAAAAGAUUCCAUUAUUGAUAUGAAAUCUACUGAAGGAAAUUAUUAUCAAAAAAAAAAACAAAAUAAUAAAUAUAAUUUUCUUGAUAGAUCUAACCCAUUAGAUGAACAUGGGCAUGGUACCUUUAUAGCAGGUAUUGUUGCAGGAAAUAUAAACAAUACUGACAAUGAUACUAAAGAAGGAAUACAAGGAAUAAAUACGAUGGCUAAAUUAAUAAUUUGUAAAGCUUUAAAUAAUAACAAUGUUGGUAAUGUAAGUGAUAUAUUAGAUUGUUUUGAUUAUUGUGUAGAAAAAAAUGCAAAAAUUAUUAAUGCAAGUUUUUCUAGCACAAAAAAUUAUCCUUCUUUAUAUUAUGCAAUGAAGGAGUUAGAAAAAAAAGGAAUUCUCGUUAUUACAUCAUCGGGAAAUUGUUUACAAAAAAGUGAUGAAUCCUCAAACGUGGAAGUACAACCAGAGAGUAAUAACGAAGCUAUGCAAACACAUGGAUAUAAUGAAUGUAAUUUAAAUUUAGCAAAAUUAUAUCCCCCUGCUUAUUCCCCAAAUCUAACAAACCUAUUAGUUGUAUCUAACAUUAUUAAAGAUUCAAAUAAUAAUAUUGUUUUAUCGAGUGAUUCAUGUUAUAGUAAUAAAUAUGUUCAAUUUGGAGUACCAGGAAAUGAUAUUUUAUCUACCCAUAUUAAUAAUCAGUAUGCUACAAGUAGUGGUUCUUCUUUUUCAGCUGCUGUUGUUACAGGAGCCAUUUCAUUAUUACUUUCAAUAAAUCCCAACUUUAAUUAUAAAGAAAUUAUUGAAUUAAUUAAAAAGGCAAUAGUACCAGUAAAUAAUUUGAAAGACAAAGUAAAAUGGGGAGGAUAUCUAAAUGUCCAUUUGCUUGUUAAGCUAGCGAUAGAGAAAAUGCAACUCGAAUUGAAGGAAUGA